AUGGCUCCCUCCUCUCAGGCCGCUCAGCGGAUAGAGGAAGCUCGGACACUCGCAAAGAAGGAUGCUCCGAAAGCUGUGUCUAUCUACAAAGAGGUUCUCUCCCAAGGUCCAGGGUCUACUGAAAGCUUGUCGCGUGAUUACGAAAAUGCGUUGGUCGGGCUGGGAGAGCUCUACCGGGACGAGAAAAAGCCGCAGGAGAUUGCAGAGCUGAUCAAAACAAGUCGGGAUUCUUUCUCAUCAUUCGCCAAAGCUAAGACAGCGAAGCUCGUUCGCCAGUUGCUCGACUUGUUCAGUGAGAUUCCAAACACCCUCGACAUUCAGAUUGCCGUCAUUCGAUCUUGCAUUGAAUGGGCUGUCGCCGAACGACGAUCUUUCUUACGGCAGAACCUUGAGACUCGGUUGGUGGCGAUAUACAUGCAGAAGCAGAGCUACUACGACGCUCUCACCUUGAUCAACUCUCUUCUCCGAGAAUUGAAACGGCUCGAUGACAAGCUUAUGCUAGUUGAGGUGCAGUUACUGGAGUCGCGGGUAUACCAUGCGCUUGGAAAUCAGGCCAAGGCGCGUGCUGCAUUGACUGCUGCUCGGACUUCGGCCGCUUCUGUCUACACACCCCCAAAUCUGCAGGCUGGUCUGGAUAUGCAAAGCGGUAUGCUACAUGCCGAGGAUAAGGACUUCAACACCUCAUACUCCUACUUCAUUGAAGCUCUGGAAGGCUACAGCUCCCUGGAUGAGGGAGAGAAGGCGACAGCGGCUCUGCAAUACAUGCUGCUAUGUAAGAUUAUGCUGAAUCUGGUGGACGACGUCACAACCCUUCUGGGUUCCAAACAAGCCCAGAAAUACGCCAGCCCACGACUGGAGGCGAUGAAAGCGGUGGCACGCGCUCAUGCCAACCGCUCGCUUGAGGAAUACGAGAAGGCGCUCUCGGAUUACCGAUUUGAACUAGGCAGCGAUGCAUUCAUUCGCAACCACCUCCGCCGGCUCUACGAUGCCAUGCUGGAACAGAACCUUAUCAAGGUCAUCGAACCGUUCAGUCGUGUCGAACUGGACCAUAUCGCGAAGAUGGUUGGAUUGGAUACACAGCAGGUGGAGAGGAAGCUUUCACAAAUGAUCCUGGACAAAGUGAUCAUCGGUGUGUUAGACCAGGGCGCCGGAUGCUUGAUUGUCUAUGAUGAGACGGAACGUGAUCAGGGAUACGAUGCGGCGCUGGAUACCAUUGCGAAACUAAGUAAUGUUGUGGAGUCGCUGUACACUAACCAGGCAUCGCAGCUGGAGUAA